CAAGCCGGCAAAAAAAUGCUGAGUAAACCUUAUUAAAAAGGGAUAACGGCGCACGAGCAGCGCUAAUGACAACGCUCAUGGACUCGCAGGAUGGAUGAAUGGAGGAUGGGUGUGUGGUGUGUGUGUGGGUCGGUGCAAACACACACGUCACCCCGGCCACGACAUCCUUCCGGCGCGGUCUGGUCCCGGGCUUAACGCUGUUAAUGACCAAGGGCAACAGCGACAUGCCCUCAACCUCGGCCGAGAAAUAUAUCCCCAUUCCAAGCCAAGCCCUCCCAUCCCAGCUACAUAUAUCCAUCCAUUCUCCAAGCGAUUUCAUUACGUGUGCUCAUGAGCAAUUGAUGCUGCAAUGUCAUACGUCAGCAGAAGAUCCGCAACAAGCGCACAUUUCAAUAAUGGCAGAGAAACCAAUUUCUCGGACUCGAGAGGGCUCCUUGGAGUUAUUAAGAGAUUUGUGGCGCUCGGAUCAGGGGUCAAGGGGAACUACCCCAUAUGAAUCGAGAAUUGGGAACCAGGAAUCAGGAUUCUGGACUCCGGAACUGAGUAACUCCCCCACACUUUCAACUCCAUUCGGCACGCCUCUUUGGCAGCAUUUUGCUGGGGCGUGUUAA